AGGUAGAAUUCGAAGGAUAGUGUCUUUUUUUCACAGAAGUUCUACAGCUACAGCUAUCAUGGCAUCAAAACAGGUUUUGCUUGAACUUCCCAAACACAAAUUGAUUCAAGAUUUAUCAACUCGUUGGAACAGUACGUACGACAUGUUUAGUAGAUAUAUUGAGCAGCAACCUGCAGUGUUUGCAACCCUUCUGUCUAAGGAUGUCAAAAAGAAUCUGAAAGAUGUAGUCACAUUGUCUGAUGAUGAUCUCAAAGCAGCAGAAGAGUUGAUCCUUGUUUUGAAACCAAUGAAAACGCUUACAACUCUGAUGUGUGACAGUAAACAUCCUACCAUAUCUUUUAUCCAUCCAAGCUUGGAGAUGCUGAAACAACAAAUGGCUCCAAAGGAUAGUGACAGCAAUCUGAUUCAGCUAGUUAAAAAAACCAUCUUAAAUGAUCUAGCAACACGGUACACUGAUCCAGAUAUUCAGUCAGUCUUGCUCAACAGCUCAGCACUGGACCCCAGAUUCAAGACUCUACCAUAUCUGUCAAAUGAAAAGCGUCAGAAUGUAUUUCAAGACUUGGAGAACAAGGCACUCUUCUUUGAUGUGAACAAGGCAAGUAUCAUUUUUUUUUCAAAUAUAUAUUAAAGGUGAAAUUCAAAUCUUAAUUCUUAACGAACAUUACAUUAUGCACUUAUCUUCAGGUGGCUGAUGUGACAGUAAAAGCUGAGAAUAUUGUUCCAGAACUCCCACGUCUUCCUGAUUCAAAUCCACCGGUGAAUAGAGAAGUAGUUAAGGAGGAUGCACCCCCUGUUAAAAGAGAAAAAAUGUCAAUGGACGAUUUAUUUGGAGAUGUCUUUAUCACAGGCAUAGAAAAACCACCAAGCGCACAUGACAGGAUCCAGUCAGAGCUUUCUCUUUACAAAACUGAGGCACCAACACCUCUUCAA